ACUGUGUCUUUAAAUAAAAAACCAACGCGAGUUGCGUGGUAGAUUGAAUAUAGUUUAAGCGUCCUGGUUGCUGUUAAGCCUCUGUAUGAAAAUUGUCGGCGGUAGUGCAAGAAGCUAGAGCGUUUGAAGUAUUAGACAAAUUUACUAACUAAUACUCCCAGAUAGUUUGUUAAGAAGUUGUACAAAACUUUGAAGAGGAGAUCUCGAACUGCGCGCCUCAAGGUUUGGAAAGAGGACAAGCUGUUCACGCUUCACGCUCCUCAACGGCGCGUGCAGCAUCCUGCUGUAAGCACAACUGAAGAGAAGUCGCCGGAUUCUUCUAUCAUUUCGUUGGCUUUUUUUUUGCACAGGACUCUUUCUCGACUUUGUGGUUGUAAAGUAUUUGAUUUUUAAGGUUACGCUCAUUUGACAUUGAACUUUGAGUACAUUCGUCAACAUGGACAAAUACGAAGAUUUGGGGCUUGAAGCAAGUAAAUUUAUUGAGGAUCUCAAUAUGUACGAGGCGUCGAAGGACGGAUUAUUCCGAAUUAAGAGGGACGCGGGCAAUAAUCCUGAUUUUGAGGAAACUAGGAGACUGUUUGCGUCCAAAAUGACGAGAAUUCACAUGCAGAAGCAUCAAGAAGAGAUGGUAAACAGUCUGGCAGCAAGCCUAAAUGGAGGCCACUUGAAAGUGUCAGACAACACAUUUCACACCAAAGACAGACCACCUAUCAAUAACUACAAACAGGGGUUUGAAGCAGCAGCUAAGCCACCCAUACUCUCGGGGCCUAUGCCAGGCACAGCCAGUGUUCAUCAGUAUUCAUUUUCUGAAGGACAAAAACAUCAUCCAGCCACCCAACAUGAUGCUCCCAGCAGCAGGGGCUAUAGAUAUGGGAACAGUUAUGAUGACAAAGAGCGUUUGGAUUCCUACCAUCACCCAACUGUCAACACUGGAAACAUGUACAACCAUGCUCCCCUGCCUUUUCAUGCUGUCCCCCCCUCCAGCUCUUCUGCUGCUUGGGCCUCUAGGAGUGAUCUUCCAUGUCAGGCAUCAUCAUCAUCUUCCUCCCUUAGCAACAGUCCAAGUCCAAGUGCACCUGGAGCCAACCACAACCGGGGAAUUACUCCUCCACCUCACCAGAGCUCACCAUCCCAAUCCUUCCCCAGUUGUGGGAAGCAUGACUCUGUCUCACCAUCCCCUGUGGGUACCCGCAGGGCCUGCGUGGCUGACUCCUACCAGCCUCCUCUUCUUCCUCCUCCUCCUCCUUCUUCUCCACCUCAUGUGAGCACCACUCAGCACUUCCAGCCCAUCUCAGCUCAGAGGCCCGUCCCUGGGAACCCUUGCCACAAUGGGCUAACACAAAGCAUUGGCUCCAGUUCUUGUGUCCAGGUUACCCCAGCAGCACACAGCCAGCCAGAGCCGCAUCAGCCGGAAGCCUUUCCCCCAGCUGUGGGUCAGAUGCAGGGUCAUAGUCAGGGGCAGGGGAGUCUUGCAGAGGCAGACAGCCACGCAAUCCCUUCCCCUCAGUUAGCUGCUGCAGAGCCGGUUGGGAGUGAAGCCCCCAGCCCCCCACGGGUGCUCAAACUGCCAUGCCAGACUCUCCAUAUACAGACAGAGCACAGGCCAUCUGCAGCUGAAAUAAAAUUAGAAGCUCUAACUGAACGUCUGGAAAAGGAGAUGGCCCAGCCUAAAGCUGACUACUUCGGCAGCUGUGUGAAGUGCAGUAAGGCUGUGUAUGGAUCUAGCCAGGCCUGCCAGGCCAUGGGAAGCCUCUACCAUGACAGUUGCUUCACCUGCAGCGCCUGCAGUCGUAGGCUCAGGGGGAAAGCAUUUUAUUACGUCUGUGGGAAGGUGUUUUGUGAAGAGGACUUCCUGUACUCUGGCUUCCAGCAGUCAGCUGACAAAUGCAACGCAUGUGGUCACCUGAUCAUGGACAUGAUCCUGCAGGCACUGGGUAAGUCCUACCACCCAGGCUGCUUCCGCUGUGUCAUCUGCAAUGAGAGCCUGGACGGCGUGCCCUUCACAGUGGACACGGAGAACAAGAUCUACUGUGUCAGAGACUAUCACAGGGUCCUUGCACCUAAAUGCGCAGCAUGCAGUCAGCCAAUCCUACCCUCUGAGGGGUCUGAUGAAACUAUUCGAGUGGUCUCCAUGGACAAAGACUAUCAUGUGGAAUGCUAUCAUUGUGAGGACUGUCAGAUGGAGCUGAAUGAUGAAGAAGGACAUCGCUGUUACCCACUGGAUGGGCAACUACUGUGCCAUGCAUGCCACCUCAAACACAUUGAGCCAGUCUGCCCCUCAAUCUGACACCAGAAUGUCUGGAUAUUUGCUGCCCCCUUGUGGGAAUCAAGAAACAUCAGCAAUGCCAAAAGCUCAUGCCUAAAAACUUACCAGCACAAUCUAAAUUGUAUGAUUUAAGAAUGAAUCUUGAGUUACCCCAAGGAUCAUGUGUGUAUGUGUGUCCUUGGAUAUUUAAUAUGUAGCCUAAUUAUUUUGUUUGACAUAUUUUAAGGACCUUUCAUAAAUUAUUUUUGUGUAAGAAUGUCAGAUGUACUAUCUUUCAUAUUUGUCUGAUGACUCAUUCUUCAUUCUGCUGCGAUUCUGUCAGUCCUUCCUUUCACACAUCCUUGCAUAUCAUGGGGAGAAAAUGUGUCCAGAGUGAUAGCGGCUGGGUAACCACGGUACUUUCAUAUGACCAAAACAUACAAUGAAGUAUACAAUGAAAGGCUGAUUUAUGAAAUCAAUAAUGCAUAAAGAUUUUAGCAAGGAUUUUAGCAAACUCCAGAGCCAUAAGAACCGUUCCUCGCAGCUCUUGAAUUAACUUGUAGUUUUGUAUGUAAAUUCACGAAAGUGAAAAGCUAAUUACUGAGUUUAAUGAUGUAAUGCAUCUGCUUAGUUUGGAUAUUUUGCAGAACAACACCUUUAUUGCUUAUAAUGUGCAAGUGGCACAGAGUGACCAAAAUAAAUGGAAGGCUCACUAUGGAUCACCAUUCUGCAUAAAGUGUCAAAUACAUCAAUCUACUAUUAUUAUUUUUCUCUACAUUCUUGUUACAUAAAAUUAUCCUAUGGUGAUUGGACCAUAAGUGUAAUAGAAUGCUAACAUACAGUAUGUAUUUUAUUUCUCAGUCAAAUACACUCUUUAGAAAUGUCUGCUUGAUGAACAAAACCUUGGAUUUUAUCUUGUCCUUUUACAGUAUAUAAACUGGUAUUAAUCUCA